AGAGGAGUGGGAGGUGGCGUCUGCGGCUUUCCGCACAUCCUCUCUCCCAGGUUCCAACUCUGGCGCACACCUUGGAGCACCGCACUCUAAAAACUUUAGGAGUUUUCCCUCACUUGCGUCAUGGAAAAGGCUGGAGGGUGACGGAGCCCGGGAGGCGAGGCGGCGGCUGGAGAGCUCCCCCGCGCGGCGCUUAAGCCUCUCCGGGCGAGAGGUGUCUCCCAGCGGGGCCAGAUGGGCAGAGGGGUGCGGCUGCCCUAGGGGCUGGCCCUGGAGGCUUGCGGGCCCCCUAGUUCCAGUGGUCUCCUCGCUCGCGUAUCCCGAUCUCGGCGCGAGGGAGUGAAGGCGACGGCCAAAAAGAAAAGCUAAAAGUAGGCGGGAGCCGAGCUCUUGCGCCCCAGGCCCGCGGGAGGGCGGAGCCGGGCCGUCCUUGGCCAGCCAGGACGCACGGAAGUGCAGUGGAGUUUGCCCAAUUCCCCAGCCUGCUUUUCCUUCUCUCUCCCUGUCCCCACCCCUCACCUCCCCCCCACCCCCACUCCGCUGUUCCCUCCUUCCUUGGGACGCCACCUCCCGGAAUUGCCUUUUUUUGUUGUUUUGGAGCUGGCUUCUCUCUGGCGGCGCAGAGUGGCUGCGAACGCUGGAGAAGAAGGAGGGCUGGGGGCGCAGCCCGCCACCCACCGGCGCCCACCCGCCACCGGCCAACCGCCCACCGGCGGAACCCCGCGGGGUAGAGCAGAGGACCGACGGUCAGACGCCCGGGCGGGCUAUCUGCACUUCGGAGCUGACUCGCCAAACUCCCUGUUGAGUGUUUGUGUGUACGCGAGGGGCGGGGGGUCUACGCGCCGGGGCCGGUUACCGCUGGGGUUACCUUUGGACGAGGGUCCUUGGACUCAGAUCAGGGUCAGACUCAGGCUCAGAAACUGCUGAGGAAUUAAACAAACAAAAGAGGCCACUCAGCUAGUGGCCAGAAGUCGCCUGAGCGCCUCGUCGCGUCCCCUUCUUCCCCGGGGAGGGGGCUGGCCACUUGGGGGCGGGGAGAGGACAACCGAGCGGGCUGGGGGCUGGGGGCGCGGCGGGCCGCCGGGGUCGAGGAGUUGGCGGCCUGUUGUGUAAGCCUCGGUCCUUGUUUUCCCGGCCUGGCUCGUUGUGAAGCCGGACACAUCCACCCUUGGAUUCGAUUCAGGAGGCUGCUGCUUUUCUCCUUGCCCCUCUUGGAUUUUCUGGAUUUUUGAAAACCCAGUGGCCCAGGAAGAGGAGGAGGAAGGAGGAAGGGGCAGAUCUGCGGAGGAAUUUGAGAGCCUCCCGGGGCCUGAAGAGCCAGAAGGAGCUGGGAGCCAGCGCUGCCGCCGGGUUUCUGGGACGGUGGUUUCCAAGUGAUUCUCUUCUAUUUUAGAACACGUUCCAGUGGAAAGUGUCGAAUUCUUGCCCUUUCAGAGCCGAUUUCUCGAGUCACUUGACUUUUCUUCUGACUGUGGGAGGAGGAGAGACUCCCCCUCAGGGGCUGCGGAAGGAAGGGAGGAAGACUGUGGACAUGAACCCUCCCUGCUCACAGGCAUGUGCGGGGAGACCUGGUAGGUCGGUUUCUGACCUGUGGAUAUUGCUUUGAAGAGAGUGAGGCUGACACCAUCUGUGGAUACCGAGAACACCCCCCCCCCCAGGGGCGGAGAGUCCAAGGGCUGUGGCAGGCCUCUGCUUGCUGGUGCAUCCUUGGACACCCUAGCAAGUGUCUCUCUCCAGUUUUGGGCAGGACCCUCUCCUCGUCUUUCUGUUCCACUGACCCAGCCAUGGCACUAAAAGGCCGAGCCCUCUAUGACUUCCGCAGUGAGAACAAAGAGGAGAUCAGCAUCCAGCAGGAUGAGGACCUGGUCAUCUUCAGCGAGACCUCCCUGGAUGGCUGGCUGCAGGGCCAGAACAGCCGCGGUGAGACAGGGCUCUUCCCUGCCUCUUACGUGGAGAUCAUCCGUUCUGGCACGAGUGCCAACCAUGCUGACUACUCUAGCAGCCCUGCAGGCUCUCUGGGCACUGAGGUGAGCUUGUAUGACAGCUCCAGUGUGGCCAACCCUUCCAGGAGUGCUGGGGGCAGUGGCUUCCUCUCAAACCAGGGCAGCUUUGAGGAGGACGAUGAUGAUGACUGGGAUGACUGGGAUGAUGGCUGCACAGUGGUAGAGGAGCCACGGGCUGGUGGGCUGGGCACCAAUGGGCACCCCCCACUCAACCUCUCCUACCCUGGUGCAUACCCCAGCCAACAUAUGGCCUUUCGGCCAAAGCCACCCCUCGAGCGGCAGGACAGCUUGGCAUCUGCCAAGCGAGGCAGCGUGGUGGGGCGCAACCUCAAUCGCUUCUCGUGCUUCGUGCGCUCUGGCGUGGAGGCCUUCAUCCUGGGUGAUGUGCCCAUGAUGGCCAAGAUCGCAGAGACAUACUCCAUUGAAAUGGGCCCUCGAGGCCCCCAGUGGAAGGCCAACCCCCACCCAUUUGCCUGCUCGGUAGAGGACCCCACCAAACAGACCAAAUUCAAGGGCAUCAAAAGCUACAUCUCCUACAAGCUCACACCCACCCACGCCGGCUCACCUGUCUACAGGCGUUACAAACACUUUGACUGGCUCUAUAACCGCCUGUUGCACAAGUUCACUGUCAUCUCGGUGCCCCACUUGCCAGAGAAGCAGGCCACAGGCCGCUUUGAGGAGGACUUCAUUGAGAAACGGAAACGGCGGCUCAUCCUCUGGAUGGACCACAUGACCAGCCACCCUGUGCUAUCCCAGUACGAGGGCUUCCAGCAUUUCCUCAGCUGCCUGGAUGACAAGCAGUGGAAGAUGGGCAAACGCCGGGCCGAGAAGGACGAGAUGGUGGGUGCCAGCUUCCUGCUCACCUUCCAGAUCCCCACGGAGCACCAGGACCUGCAGGAUGUGGAGGACCGGGUGGACACCUUCAAAGCCUUCAGCAAGAAGAUGGACGACAGCGUCCUGCAGCUCAGCACCAUAGCAUCGGAGCUGGUGCGCAAGCAUGUGGGGGGCUUCCGCAAGGAAUUCCAGAAGCUGGGCAAUGCCUUUCAGGCCAUCAGCCAUGCCUUCCAGAUGGAUCCCCCCUUCAGCUCUGAGGCCCUCAACAGCGCCAUUUCUCACACGGGCCGUACCUAUGAAGCUGUUGGUGAGAUGUUUGCUGAGCAGCCCAAGAACGACCUCUUCCAGAUGCUCGACACGCUUUCUCUCUACCAGGGCCUGCUCUCCAACUUCCCCGACAUCAUCCACCUGCAGAAAGGUGCCUUCGCCAAGGUGAAGGAGAGCCAACGCAUGAGUGACGAGGGCCGAAUGGCGCAGGACGAGGCAGAUGGCAUUCGCAGGCGCUGCCGCGUGGUAGGCUUCGCCCUUCAGGCUGAGAUGAACCACUUCCACCAGCGCCGCGAGCUCGACUUCAAACACAUGAUGCAGAACUACCUGCGCCAGCAGAUCCUCUUCUACCAGCGGGUGGGCCAGCAGCUGGAGAAGACGCUGCGCAUGUAUGACAACCUCUGACCACGUGUGCCUGGCCCUCUCCCCGCCCCAGGGCCUGGUCACUGCAGUGCACUCUGCCCUCCAGACCUUCCCGCGCCAGUAGUGCCUGGGGGAGGUUGGGGGGGCUUUGGAAGAGUCAUAGCUAUCCCCCAUCCCUUAGAAGUGGGGGCACAGCAGGGGUGAGAACAGGGCCAGGAGCCCUUCCGCCCAAGGCCUGGGCUGCUGGUCAGUCAUUUGAGGCUGGGCCAGGGUCUUAGCCUCCCCUUGAGCCUCUAGCACUCAAUCCCCUGCCACCACCCCUCGUCCAUUCAGCAAACUCCCAGGCCUUGGCUGAGCAUCCAGGGCUGCAACAUGCCUGCCUUUAGGGAGGGCCCUGGUCGAGGUGGCGGUCAGACACAGAAACAGGCAGGGGCAGUGCAGAAUGACCUGUGGUUGGAGUUCCCGUCGUGGCUCAGUGGUUUACAAAUCCGACUAGGAACCAUGAGGUUGCGGGUUCAAUUCCUGGCCCUGCUCAGUAGGUUAAGGAUCGGGUGUUGCCGUGAGCUGUGGUGUAGGUUGCAGACACGGCUCGGAUCCCGCGUUGCUGUGGCUCUGGCAUAGGCCGGCGGCUACAGCUCCGAUUCAACCCCUAGCCUGGGAACCUCCAUAUGCCGCAGGAGUGGCCCUAGAAAUGGCAAAAAAAGACAAAAACAAACAAACAAACAAACAAAAAAACAAAAUCAGAAUGACCUGUGGUGAAUGAGGGGUUCCAGGAAGCUCGCAGAAGGGCCCACUCACUCAUUCUGCUGGUCAGGGAUGACUCCACGGAGUAGGUGACAUUGGAGCACUGUCUUGAAGAAUGACAAGGAUCUGCCAGACAGUAAGUGGGGACAGUCCGAGGGUAGGGCAUUCAGAGGAGAGGAACAGCAUGGCCAAAGCUUCAGAGGCAUGAAAACACCCCCUCUUCUCUCCUUAAUCUUCCCCAAGCAAGUGCGGUGCCCCCUUGGUCGGGACGAUAGAGGGAAGGUAUCUGCUUUGCUCCCAUGUCCCUGUCCCACACCCACCCCCACCCCCUGCAGGAGGGGCUGCAGGCCAGCUCCCUCCUUACUCUCCUUCACUAGCUGAGCCCCCACCCCUUGGUUAGGGGACCAAGGUGCUGAGACAGGCCUCGGCCCCCGAGGACCCCAGUGGCACCUUCCUGGAGGGAACAUCCAAAAGUGACUGGGUAUCUGAGUUCACCAGCAAUAGCUCCCACACUCCAAGCAGGCUUGGGCCCACCUGCCCACUGCCACUCUCACUGUGAUGCCAGGCCGGGUCCUGGUGGGACUGUGCUGUCUCCCAGCCAUGUUUACAUCCUCAAGGGGGCUACUCCCAGCCCCUCAGGCCAGGGCGUGGUCCAGCAGCGAGUUGGGGGGAACUGACAGGUGCCACUGCUGGCCUUCCCCAGAGGUCAUGGGUGUUCCAGGUUGCUUUGGCUUCAAUCUUUCUUUCUUGUUUUCUUGAUAAACCUUUUACAAUUAAGAUAACACAGGCAUGGCUCCUUAUUUGGAUCCUGGGGGUCGAGGGGAUGAGGGUGAGGGAAGGAUGGACCCCUAAUUGUCCCUGGGAGCCACUGGACCAGAUUCUGAGGUCAUGAUGGACACAACAUUUGCCCCAGAACCUCAAAUGUUGAGGGGAGGGCCGUGCUGGUGGGAGGGGCUGGCUGGGGAGCUAGAGGUGGCCGCGGACCCCGGCUGGUGGGAUGCAUGCCUUUCUCAGACCUCACUCUUCUCAUCUCUCAAAUGGGUGGCAUCCUGCCAGGGUUUUGGCUGUGCUGCUCUGCGGUCCAGGACUGAGGGUCACAUAAAGAGGGGACAAGUCUAAUCGAUAGAAGGUUCCUCUCCCCAGGAGGGCAUGUCUCAGUCUGGCCCCCAGAAAGUCCCAGUCUGGAGAGGGGAUGGGACUCAGAAACUGUGUCUUCCUUCCCCGGGCAGUCCAGGGUGCCCAGCCCUGCAAUGGCUGCCAGGUUGCAAACCGAGGCGGACCCCUUGAAUCUGUUCAAACAGGGAAUCUGUUUGCACACAGGGAAGAGGAGUGCUGUGGACCCACACUUCUCUCGGGGCAAUGGGGACUUGGUGGAGGAGGGCUGCCAGGCUCCAGCCAUCAGGGGAGGCUUUGGCCUAGCCAGGGGCCCGGGAAGCUCGUGGCAGUGAGAUGGAGUAAGAGGCAGCAGGUGCAAAGGUUAAGGGGAGGCUGAGCUUCCCUGUUCAGGGCAGAGUGUCCUCAGAGGAACUUCUGGAAUGGGCCCCUGGCCCUGGGUCAGAAUUAGGUCAGCUUUGGGACUUUCUGUGGAAUUUUCCCCUCUCUCCUCCCUGCUCUGCUUUCAUUUUCCAACCCGUCCGAGGACCUUCCCACCCUUAACCUCCUCCCAGCUUUGACCUCCAGGCGGCCUUCUGCAGUGGGCAGUCUGACCACUGGGUGGUCUAGGGGGUCUUCUUCCCUGGGCUAGUCCCUGGUGGGAAUGCUCUCCUUAACUCACGGUGCCCAGAAAGUCCUCUGCUUAUACUUUGUCUUGGGAAUAGAGUUGCUCUCUGUGAUUCUUCCUUGAGGCGGGCCACGUCCUACACCUUCCAUCCUCAGGGGGAGGGGCUUGGACCUAGGAAAGACAUCAGAACGUGAAGUCUUGGGAUGAGCCAAGCCUCCUCUGGGCAUCCUGAGGUCUCUAGGCUGAGACAGACCUGUAUGUGGUGGGAAGUGAGGACGUCAGGGCUCUUCUCUCUGGUUUCUUUCUAUCUCUGUGUUGGUUGGGGUGUUGGGGGAAUUUGAGAUGGGUCUGGACUGGCCAGAGCCUCUUUCAAUGGGGGACUGGGAACCAGUGUGUGUAGGGGGGUAUCCUGGUGGUGGCUGGGCCUGCUGGCAGAUGUUCACAUGCCAGGCAGAUGUUCCAGACUAAGCUGGGCCCAGCUGCCUCCAGUUUCCUCCCUGAGCCGGGUGGAAAACAAGGCUUCUCUUUCUGCCCUGGGCAGCUACCAGGACCUGGAGGUGGGGAGUCGGGGACCCCUGAUCCCCAGUCUUGGCCCAGCCCAGGAAAGAAGUAUGCUUUGUGGCUACAUGUGGAGGAUGGGGGUGGAGGUAGCUCUCAGAUCCUACAUCCUGUUGCCUCCUGAACUCAGGAGGGCCAUGAGUCAUGGUGCCAUGGCCGUGCCUUGGUUGUAGUAGAGCCAGGCCCUGGGGGAGACAUUGUGGCCCUGGGCCCAGCUCAGCACUGCCUCUGCCUCCCGGGCCACAGCCACAUGAUCACAGACACAGUGGCCUGACUCAAAGCAGACACAGACACAACCUGCCCAUGGGCACACAGGUCACACCUGGCUCCACACACCUAUGCAUGGUCAUGUGCUUGCACAAUUGCACUCCCAGCCACUGUGCCACAUGCUGUCACAUGUUCAGAGCUCUGUCCACACUCGUCCAUACCCACAUGCGUGCUGAUAUCCGUUCACAGUGUCAGUCUCAGCCAUGUUGUUACUCAGAGCCAUACCAUGGUUCUGUGCACACUGCCGUACCCUCACACAGUGACACACACACACUCAGACACAUGUGGCCACAAAGUCGCACAUGCACAUAGCCAAGGUGUCACACACAUAGAUGCUCUUGGACUCCACCUGCCUCACCUCCUUGGGGAGCCAGCUGGGGUCAUCCUUCAUCUGACACCACCACAUUCAAUUCCUCAUCACGUAGAUGGAGAACUUGAGGUCUAGUGAGGGGGUGGCAGUUGGCUGCAUAACCCAGUGGGUCUGGGGGAUGUUCUCAGGGCAGAGCCCAGCUCCCGGUAGGCUCUGUGGCCUGAACUUACCCACCCCUGGGCCAGUCCCCAGGGCCAGGCUGCCUCUGAAGGCCCCUGGCUGAACCCACUCAACCAAGCUCCUGCCAUCUCCCAUCUCUGGAGCCAGAGCUGAGGCUGCAGCAUCCACAAGAGCAGGAGCCAGGAUGAGGUGGGCAGGGCCCAGGCCUGGGCGGGAGGAACAUUCCUGCACCAUCUCCUCCCCAAGCCUGCGAGCACUGGGCCCGCCCUGCCUGCCUGCCUGCCUGCUGACUCAGGCCUCCAGGAGCCAAGCAGGCUUGGCGCCCUCUCUCACCCCAACCCACUCCAACCUGCUUCCCCACCAUUUUGGCUCUGGCACCUCCCUCCCGCUGGUUGGGGCAAGAGGAGAUGGUGAGCCCUGGUCAAAAGACUAUGGGGACACAUAAAAAUUCACCUCCCCCAGGCACAGCUCAGAAGGGCUGAUUGUGAAACCCCACUCUGAGGUUCAACAAAGCUUUUUUCCUUCAGUUUUGUUUUGUUAGUCAAACCCCAAUGCAGUCCAGUCUGUUUAAAAAGCAGUGUCUCACACAGCUGCAGCCUCCUGGGUCCUCGCGGAAGCCCUGGUAGGCAUCAUUAUUCCAUUUCACAGAUGAAGACACCCAGACUUGACCAGAGGGAGGAUGGGACCUGCCUAGGAUCACACAGUGGGACCCAGGCAGGGCUGGACUUGGAGCCAACUCUCUGGCUUCAUUCCCUAAAGCCACCUUGAGUAACUCAUGUAGGUCCAGAGCAGGAGCGUGUGGCAGAUCUCACUCCAGAGGUGUGGAAGAAUGGGAGGCUGGCAAGGCAAUGGCUGAAAUGCGCGGGGGCUUUGGGAGGAGGGUGAGUGUCGCCAGCCCCCCAGGGAUGAGGAGGCUGGCGCCAGCAUUGCACAGUGGCGUCUGCAGUGACUCAGGAUCUCCAUUUACAAACGAACACGUGCGAGGAACAUCGCUUCAUUUUUACACAACUGACCCGAAUUUCCCUUUUGCUUUCUUAUUAACCCACCCAAGAGAAAAGUAAUCUGAAAUCGAAUGGGGACCCCUCCUUUCCCCAGGGAGGCAUAUCAAUUUGGGGGAUGGCACAUUGGAAAACCUUAGGCAGGCCUUUGGCACUUUGCAUUUUAGAUACUGAAUCUUCCAUCCUAUCACCCAUAGGAAAAUCUGCCUGCCUUCCACACUCAGUGUCAUCCAUGUAUACCUAUUUCAGUUGGGUUCAGUUAAUUACUUGACAGUGUCAUGUCUUGUAGAUAUUUAAUUAAAUUUUAUUCAUUUUGA